AUGGAAGUGACUACAGCGAAAGCUAUCUCGAUGUUGACUUUGGGAUUGGGGAGUUUCAUAGCUGGAAUGAUGCCAGCAUGCUUCUCGGAGAGGACGAGGCAGAGACAUCCUCUGUUCAUCUCCUGCUUGCUCUGCUUCGGCGGGGGAGUGCUGUUAUCCACUUCUCUGACGCACAUGCUGCCUGAAGCGCGUGAAAACUUGCCCAACUUCUCCGAGCUGACGUUCUGUAUUGGAUUCUUUUUGGUUUACCUGGUGGAUGAGUUUGUGCAUUUGUUUUACGGGCCUGGCAAUGACCCUCACAGGCACACUUAUGGAAGUAAUGAAGGCACGAGCCUCUUGUUUCAUGAGAGAAGUGGAAGGCAGGAUGACGAGAUGCUGGAUAGAUGUUGUGGUGACGCGGGCAGUCCCAGGAUGUGUCACGUGAGCCACACAGCUCCUUGUAACAAAAGCUCGUCGGGCGUGAUUGGACUGCUUUGUGCACUGUUUGUGCAUAGCGUAUUGGAAGGACUGGCGAUUGGACUGCAGGAAGAAGCUUCGCAGGUACUCCUGCUUCUGGGUGCGGUCGCGUCCCACAAGUUCGUGGUGGGGUUCUGCCUGGGCGCGGAGAUGUGUGCGAGUGCCCCAGGCCGGCUGUGCGCUCACAUAGUCAGCGUGCUACUGUUCAGCGGCGGCUCUGUGGCGGGCAUAGCCAUCGGAGCUGGCCUGGAGAUCAUCAAGGGGGUCCAGGAUUCAAUGGCGAUACCUAUGAUGCAGGCGUUGGCAGCGGGCACGCUUCUCUACGUCACGGUGAGCGAGGUGUUGCCCCGCGAGCGGGCGCUAUGGCAUGAGCGCAAGCGGAGCGCGGGCCUGGCGCAGUUCGUAGCGGUCACCGUCGGCUUCGCUGUUAUGUAUUUGACGACAUAUUUUUUGGGUGAGUGAGUAGGAUAGGACAAAUCCUGAGAUUUCAGGAUUUUUGGACUCCUCUCAGGAUUAAACUUUUUUUUUAAAUAUUUCCGACGAAUGUCGGUGUGAAUACACCAAUUAGCCUAGCCCCAAAGUAAGCACUAUAAGGCUUGUGUUAUAAGAUGCUAGGGUAACGGAUAGAAUACAUAUACUGUACAUAUAUAAGUAUACUAGUUGUCCCAGCGAACUUCGUUCCGCCAUAAAAAAUAGGGGUUGGUGGUAGAAGAGUGAAAAUUUAGGGUUAUAUGUGUUUUUGUAAGAUGUAUCAUAAAAAAUUGUGAAUCUAAACCAUUCUUAGAUCCCCUUGAACACACACAAAAAAAUUCAUCAAAAUCGGUCCAGUCGUUUAAGAGAAGUUCAGUGACAUACACACUCACAGAAGAAUUAUAUAUAUAAAGAUUUAUAUAAAUACAUAUUAAACAUCCAUGACUGGAGUACAAAUGCUCGUAUUCAUCAUACAAACAUCUGCCCCCACCGGGAUUCGAACCCGGGACCUCUCGAGUCGGCGAAAGCCAUGAAACCCGGCGUACAAACCACUCGGCCACGGAGGUCGUCAGGCAUUGCGGCUGGAUUUUGCAAAUCUCAUAAAAUCUCAGGAUUUCUUUAAUUUCCAUUUCCAAUAAAAUACAGCUUACGUUUUAAAGAUCUCUUUAAUAAAAAAGUUAAACAUACUAAAAAUAAUCUUCUAUUGGUAGUAAUUGCACAAUUAAAAUCAGUACUUUAUUAUCCAAGUCGGUACUUAAUCAGUUUUAUCAUACUUAAUAUGUGAAGAUACAUUUUUAAGUAAGGUUUUUUCUUUAAUUAUGGAUUCAUAUAAUGCCCCACAUUAUGUUAAGCUCUU